AUGUUGAGCCUGGACUACAGCCUUUCGAACCUUCAGGGCAAGACAAUCCUCGUCACGGGCGGUGCCUCGGGCUUUGGAGCCGCCUUUGCCACUCGCUGGGCUGCCGCUGGCGCCCAGGUGAUUGUUGGGGACAUCAAUCCCGCCGGAGAGACGGCCGUGGCGCAGAUUCGCUCCGACUCCUCCAACGACAACGUGCACUUCAUCCAUCUCGACGUCACAUCGUGGGCUUCCCAAGUCAACUUCUUCCGACAAGCGGUGCAGCUCAGCUCGCACGGUGGGAUUGAUGCCGUCGUGGCCAAUGCUGGCGUCAACGAUCGGGACGAGGCGAGACGGCUCGAGUACCCUGCCGUGGAUUACUCGAAUGACCCUACCCCCCCAGCGCCCAGCAUGAAGACGGUCGACAUCAAUCUGACGGGGGUCCUGUAUACGGUCCACCUGGCCCAGUGGUACCUCCCUCGGAACCCCGACUCGCUACCGUGCUCCGAAACCGGGCAGACCGCUCCGCGAGAUCGCCAUAUCCUUCUAGUCGGCUCAACGGCGAGCUUGCACCCGCUCAUCACCCAGGCACCCUACACGAUCACCAAACAUGCGGUCUUGGGUCUGUUCCGGUGCCUACGCGUCACAGCCCCCGUUUCGGGCGGCAUUCGCGUCAACAUCAUCUGCCCCUAUUUCACCGACAUUGGCAUGUUGAAUGGGCCAGGUCGCGUGGUAUUAGCUGGAGUCCCCCUCGGGCAGCCGGAGGAUGUGGUCGAGGCGGCCACGUAUCUCAUGGCCAACCAAAAAUGCAGCGGGCGCUCUCUGGUCACUGGCCCCCGGUUGAAGCUGGACCUCCCCGACCGUGCGUACUUGACCCGGGAUUCUCUCGAGGAGGCGGUGCAGUACACGAUUGCUGCGGGCGAGGAUUCCGAGAAAGGCGUUUGGGAGUGUCAAUUGCACGAUGUGGAGACCACGGACGUCUUCACGGACCGGAUGAUGAAGGCCGUGAAAACAGUGGUGGCUGCUCGGGGAUGGAUUGGCCACCGAGACGAUGACACCGGUUUCCCUGCUCCCGUCCCCAUUGCGAUCGUAGGUAUGGCGAUGAGGCUACCGGGAGGAGUGACCAACGCCAGUGACUUCUGGCAGAUGCUGAUCGACAAAAGAGACGGCCUUUGCCGGGUACCCAGGGAUCGGUACAAUAUCGACGCCUUCUACCAUUGUGACGGGGUUCCCGGGACCAUUCGGACUGAGCACGGCUACUUCUUACAACAAGACAUCGCCCAGAUAGGCACCGGCUUCUUCGGCAUGUCGAAGAUCGAGGCCUCCAAAUUGGAUCCCCAGCAGCGAAUGUUACUGGAGGUGGUGUGGGAGUGUAUGGAGAACGCGGGCCAGACCGAUUGGCAAGGAACUAAUAUUGGCUGCUAUGUGGGCAAUUUCGGUGAAGACUGGCUAGACCUGGCCAGUAAGGACACUCUGGCCAUUGACCGGUACCGUGUGAUGGGGACGGGGGACUUUGCGCUGGCCAACAAUGUCUCCUACCAGUAUGACCUGAGGGGCCCCAGCGUGGUCUUUCGGACGGGUUGUUCAUCGUCCAUGGUUGCCCUUCAUGAAGCGUGCCAGGCACUCUAUUCCGGGGAAUGUCUCUCUGCCAUCGUCGCAGGGACUAGUCUGAUUAUCACACCCACAAUGUCAAUCACGACCUCCGUCAAUAUGGUGCUAUCUCCCAGUGGAAUGUGCAGAACAUUCGACGAGAACGCGGACGGCUAUGGCCGAGGAGAGGCUAUCAAUGCCAUUUUCAUCAAGCGUCUCGAUGCGGCCAUGCGGGACGGCGAUCCCAUCCGUGCGGUUAUUCGAUCAACGUCCGUCAACUGCGAUGGAAAAACUCCGAGCAUAUCUACACCCAGAUCCCAGGCACAAGAACGAUUGAUCCGCAGAACGUACCACAAAGCUGGAAUCGAGGACAUCGACAAGACAGCAUUUUUUGAAUGUCACGGCACAGGCACCGCAGUGGGAGACGUGGCGGAGACCUCGGUGGUGGCCGAGAUCUUCGGCAAAGACCGCAUCUACAUAGGCGCGGUCAAGCCCAAUGUUGGUCACUCGGAAGGUGCCUCUGGCAUUACGAGUAUCAUCAAAUGUGCCCUCGCUUUAGAAAAUAGGACUAUACCUCCGAAUGUGUUCUUCGAGGAGCUCAAUUCGAAGACCAUUUCAUGGCCAAGCGACCGACAUGAAAGAGUUAGUAUGAACUCCUUUGGUAUUGGAGGCACCAAUGCACACGUUGUGAUCGACUCUGCCGCCUCGAUCCGUGGCCAACGACCCGCGAACAAGACGGAUGCGAGCCUGAGAAAUGAAGUGGCUCAUCUAUUACUACACUCCGCUAAAAGUUCCAAAUCACUGGAUGGCAACGUCCAGAAUGCCUGUGAUUACUUCGAAGCUUACCCAGCGCUUAGUGGUAAUAUGGCUUACACCCUGGGGUUCCACAGGGAACAGCUACCCCAUCGGGCGUUUUCUAUAGUGGGUGCGGAUGGAGCUCUGACUACAGUCGCUCGGUCUCGAGUCACGAGUCGGGAGAUUGUGUUCAUCUUCAGCGGUCAAGGGGCCCAGUGGCCUGGAAUGGGAAGAGAGCUUCUGCGAAGAUCACCCCAAUUCCAAGCAGACAUUCGUGCCCUCGAUCGGCACUUGCAGCAACUUCCAAACGCAACUGGGUGGUCCAUUGAAGAACUUCUCAAUUGCGACGAUGUCGACCGGAUGAGUGCAUCAAGGCUAGCCCAGCCGCUUUGUACAGCAGUUCAGAUCGCAGAAACAGCAAUCACAAUUGCAUACCGCCGUGGGCAAGCUGUUGAUACAGCAAACUCUAGAGGUGCUAUGGCGGUGGUCGGGCUGGGUAUCGAGGAGGCGAAAUCAUUCCUCAAAGAAGGAGUGGUCAUCGCAUGUGACAACAGCCCCAAAAGUGUCACGCUUUCUGGUGACAAGGAGCUGCUGGAGGAGAUCAUUCGAGACCUGGAGACCAAGGAGGUCUUUUGUCGUCGCCUGGCCGUCAACGUUGCAUAUCACUCCCAUCAUAUGAUAUCAGUUGGCGAAGCUUAUGAGCGACUGUUGGGCAAUUUGAUGUUCAGCACCACCAUGACCAUUAUGGAACCCGGGCAACUCACUGCUGCAUACUGGCGACAGAACUUAGAGUCUCCGAACCUGCUGAGCACUCACUCAGGGCCUCAUUCUUUCGCGCCUUUACGCCACAUUAUAUCUCAGGUGGAAGAGAAACAGCGACCAGAAUAUACGCCGACUUUAGUCAGAGGCAAAGAGCCCUGGGAAUGCCUCCUGAGGACAGCCGGCCACCUACACAUACUUAUUCCUCGGGCGAAGGUCCUUACGGACCUCCCACCCGAGACUCGGAUGGCGCACGACUGGCGGUUACGCGAAACGCGGCAUCACGAAUUGCUGGGGUCGCGAUGCCUCGAAUCCACUGAUGUAGAGCCUGUUUGGAGAAACCUGCUGCAACUGGAUAAUGUCGUGUUUCCUUGUGCAGCAUAUGUCGCCAUGGCGGGUGAAGCAGUCCGCCAAGUAUCGAAUAGCGAUGAUUACACCAUUCAAAACCUCUUUAUUAGAGCUGCCUUGGUUCUUUCCGGUAACGAACCCGAAGGAAUCGAACUCAUCACAAGUCUUCGUCCUCACAAGCUGGCGGAUAAUCACGGGGUCUGGACCAAACAUUGUGUGGGGCAAGUCCGCGCUGGGUCCAUUCGCAGACACCCGGACACGCAAAUCCAAGCUUACUUACGAGAAGUGUCUUCGGAAAAAUGGUAUGCUGCACUGGAAGCUCGAGGAUUAGAGUACGGAGCCCAUUUCCGGGGACUCCGCAAGAUCACUGCGAGCCCAUCAAGCAGCCACAGCGAUAACUACUAUGUGAGCGAGUAUGCUCUCCACCCCAUUCUCAUUGAUCAGUGUCUGCAGCUCUUGAGCGUGGCGGCCACACAGGGUAUUAGUCAUCGUAUGACUCGAUUGUAUCUCUAUGUUGCUCACGCGCGCGAUACUAUGCAACUGAAUGUUUCGUGUGACAUGACCGGUGGAAUGAUGACCGGGGAGGCCUUCCUCGCGUGUCAGGAUCGUGUGGUUCUCUCCAUGCAGCACGCAACAUUCUUUGGUGUUUCGGAGUCUGCUCUUGAGGAUACGCCGGCACCGCCGCUGUCAACCAUUGAAUGGAGACCGUACGUUGAUUUCACGCCACUCGAUACUUUAUUGCCUCCUAUUGAGAAGGGCCUAUUCCCAGGAAAGCUGUUGGCAGAACUUUUUGGAUUGUUCGUCGUCGAGACCUUUCACAGAACACGUUCGGCUUGCCCCAAACAAGACCACCUGAAGAAAUACCUCUCUUGGAUUGAGAAAACCCAUACUCAAAUUUGUGAUCGCAAUUCCAACCUUGUUCCAGAGAUCGGGGACAAAUUUGCCAAUAACCCGACUGCACGAUGGCCCUACCUCGAGGCGUCAUUGCGCAAAUCGCAUCCCCCAUCAAUUGCUGACCCACUUGCACUUGCUGAGAGGAUCCUUUCGAACAUUACCGAGAUUCUCGAGAAUCAAGUCAACCCGCUGGAGCUACUGAUGCAGGAUGACGGACUUCAGCAUCUGUAUGCCAACAUGCCCUCGAUCACGCGGUGGGAGGAGUAUCUGGCAGCACUCGCGCAUUCGAAGCCGACAUUGCGCGUAUUAGAGAUUGGGGGCGGCACCGGUGGGACCACCUCCGCUGUACUCGAUGGCCUCUCAAGGGCAUCGGGACCAAACAAAGGCAGGAUGUACGAUAAGUACACUUUUACCGACAUUUCAGCGGCCUUCCUCGCACCAGCAAAAGAAAGGUUCAAACAGCAUGCAGGGAUGGAAUAUCGAACGCUGGAUAUAUCUAAAGAUCCCCGGGAGCAAGAAUACGAGAGCGAGAGCUACGACUUGGUGAUCGCAUCAAAUGUCCUGCACGCAACCCCUAACAUUCUCGAGUCUUUGAAAAACGUCAGGCAGCUUCUGGCACCCCAGGGCCGCUUGUUGCUUCAGGAGUUGAGUCAUGAUGUUACUAUAUUUGAUUACAUCAUGGGCGCUCUACCAAGUUGGUGGCUUGCAAAUGAUGGGCGCGAACGCCCCUACCUCAGCCCGGAGCAAUGGCAUCAUGCCCUGCUGGAAGCAGGUUUUACGGGCACCGAUGUCGUGCGCUUGGAUAAUGAGGCCCCUUAUCAUGUUAACGCAAAUAUGCUGUCGAGAGUCUCGUCGCCAAGGGCAAGUGAGAGGGGGGCGCUAGGUCUCCUUUAUCAUGACCCCAUCCCCAAAUGGGCUCGUCAACUUGAGACUCAACUUCUUCUACAUGGUUGGGAUGUCCAAUGGCUCGCUCUAGGCACCACUCCAGCAGAGUCCACGGAUGUCAUCUCUCUGUUGGAUGUAGAAAGCCCAUUUUUACACACCAUCACUCGCGAGAAUUACGACAAUUUCCAAAAGUCGGUCGUUUCCCUUCGAGGACACCUAAUAUGGCUGACAAGACCAAUUCACCCGCUGUAUGGCCUGAAGCUCGAUCCGCGAUACGCUCUGGUAUCUGGAUUGAUGAGAGUCCUUCGCCAGGACAUUGGUGUUAAGGCCAUGACUAUUGAGCUCGAUGAAUUCGACGACGAUGCCAUCCGAGGUGUUCUCGGCGUCCUCGACGCGAUCAAAGCUCACGGGGAAGAGACUCGCUAUGAGUUUGAUCAUGAGUUCGCACUGCAUGAUGGAUUGAUACACGUUCCGCGUUUCGGAUGGCACUCUACGGAACAUGCUAUGAGCUCGGUACAGAGCUGCGUUCCGAGAGCCAUGGAUGUGAAGUGCUUUGGUAUCCUCGACUCUCUCGACUCAAUCGUAUGGCAAUUCGCCAAUCCACCCCAGGCCCUUGGGGCAGACGAGGUGGAAAUUGACAUCAAGUUCGUUGGGUUAAACUUUCGGGAUAUAAUGAUCAGCAUGGGCUUGAUGGGCUCCACCGAUGAAAUCGGCAUUGAUGGCAGCGGGAUCGUGCGCAAAGUUGGAUCCGCCGUGGCUACGCUGCAGGUGGGGGAGUCUGUGGUACUGUCAGGAACGGGGUUGAUGUGCACACGCAAGGUGCUGCCCGCCGACUUUUGUUACCGAAUUCCAACCCAGAUGAACUUGGCCGACGCCGCUGCAACGCCAUGCAUCUUCUUGACCGCGAUGUACUCGUUGGUAACCGUGGCAGACAUACAGCCUGGUCAGUCGGUGUUAAUACACAGCGCCUGCGGUGGCGUUGGACUUGCUUCUAUUCAGAUCUGUCGGAUGCUAGGCGCUGAAGUUUAUGUCACGGCAGGAAGUCCGGAGAAGAGACAGUACUUGAUGGACCACUGUGCUAUCUCCGAGGACCACAUCUUCGAUUCACGCAGCACAUCUUUUGUCUCGGGCAUCAUGGAGCGCACCAAGAAUCGAGGUGUCGACGUCGUAUUGAAUUCCCUGGCAGGCGAGCUGUUACACGCCUCUUGGAGAUGCGUCGCUGCGUAUGGCAAGAUGGUUGAACUGGGGAAACGAGACUUCCUCGGCCACGGCAAGCUGGACAUGGACAUGUUCGGCGGGAAUCGCGCCUUUUUUGGGGUGGAUUUGUUCAAGCUAGGACUGGAACGCCCUGAUGUUGUUCGUGAGACAAUGUCUAAGCUAAUGAAACUACAUGAAGAUCGAACGUUGCAGCCAAUUCAACCAGUCAAUAUGUUCGACGCGGCAGAUGCUGUUAGAGCCUUUCGACUGAUGCAAACUGGACAGCAUAUUGCAAAAUUCAGCGCUUUGUUCCGAUCUGACGUAGCUUAUCUUCUCGUCGGAGGCUUGGGAGGCCUCGGCCGCGCGAUUGCUACCUCGAUGGUUGAGAGGGGGGCACGCAACUUUGUGUUUCUGUCUCGCUCAGGCUCAAGCGCGCUUAUCGUCAGAUCAUUUAUCGAGGACCUGAAGGCGCAGGCUGAAUGCGAGGUUACGGUCAUUCAAGGGACUGUUGUCAACCUGGAUGACGUUGAUCGCGCCGUGCGAUGCUCACCAAAACCUCUAGCGGGUGUGAUCCAAAUGUCCAUGGUUCUUCAGAAUCAAUCAUUCGCCGAGAUGACGUUCGAUGAAUGGACCCAGGUGCUUCAGCCGAAAGUGGACGGAACGUGGAAUCUCCAUCAGGCCACCAAGACCCUGCCACUUGACUUCUUCAUCCUUUUUAGUUCGAUCAGUGGACUGUGUGGUAUGACAGGUCAAGCCAACUACGCCGCUGCGAACACCUAUCUGGACGCCUUCGUUCAUUUCCGCCGAGCCCAGAAUCUUCCUGCUCAUACAUUGGAUACACUCGCCGAGAAGUCCCAGCGGACUAUGGAACUCAAUCGAACUCUGCGCUUGCAGGUAUUGAGCGAGCGGGAUCUUUUACAGGUCCUAGAACUCGCGGUUCUCAACGGACCCCCUCAGGUUGCCCUUGGGAUUAGUACGAGUGCCCCUUCUACGGAAGGCAUUGCGAAACCUUGGUGGGCCAGAGACAUCCGGUUUGCAGCCUGGAGCCAUCUUUCAAAUACCGAGGGCCCAGACUUAGGUGAACAGGGAGACAAGCUCCGUUACUUCCUCGCCGAGAUUGACAAAGAUCCAUCCAUCCUCAACCAUCCAGAUACCGAGAACCAAUUCACUUACGAGCUGCGGAAGAUGAUUGCGACCCACAUGUCUUACCCAGAGGACAUGGAACUGGCAGAACUGGCUGCUAUCGCCAUAGACUCGCUCAUGGCGAUUGAGAUUCGAAGUUGGUUCCGCCGUCACUUCAAAGUCGAAAUCUCCCUGCUUGAGAUCGCGAACGCGGGGACCGUAGGGGGACUCGGCAAAGCAACGAUGAGAAUUCUCCGCGCCAAGUAUGCCUCCGAGGAGCUGAAGCCUGGUGAUGCAGGUGCCCUGCUUGAUGCCGAUCGUGGCAAGACGGGCGAUGUCGAGAGCCGUGUUUUACUCACUGGCGCGACUGGGUUUCUCGGGGCUUACCUCCUCUCCUUACUGCAAGUGAUGUGUCUUGUAGGAGCUUCCGAUGCCGAAACGGGUCUUUCGCGAAUCAAGAAGGCGUUUCAUGAGUAUGGCCUCCAGCCCGAUUUGGAGUCCAAGUUGAAGGCGGUUCCCGGGGAUCUCGUUGAUCCCAUGCUAGGUCUCGGAGCGGAGCAGUAUGCAGAGCUCGCCCAAUUGGCGAGUGUGGUGUUUCACUUGGGCGCGGUGGUUGAUUGGACUCUGCCUUACUCAUACCACCGAGACGUCAAUGUCAUGGGCCUGUACCAUCUACUUCGUUUUGCCAACACCGGUCGUCUGAAGCCAUUCCAUCAUACUUCCUCGAUCAGUGCGUGGGGUACGGUCAUUCAUCUCACGGGCGCGAUGGUUCCCGAGGAUGAGCGACCAACUUUUGACCCGGAGGCUCUCAAACAGCUGUUUGGCUAUGCGCAAAGCAAGGUUGUCGCCGAACAGGUGGCCUGGAACGCGAUUGCCAACGGCUUCCCCGUCACCAUCCACCGACCCGGCUAUGUCACUGCUCAUACGUCCGACUUGGUGAAUUAUCUGAUGAGCAGUUGCAUACGCCUGGGCAGCUAUCCGGCUGCGCCUAACAUCCGCAAUCAAUUCACUCCGGUUGACUUUUGUUGCUCGGCUCUUUUGCGCCUUGGCCAUGCGUUCAACAUCGUGCGGCCAGACCAGAAGACCUUCGAGCUGCUGAGUUGCGAAUGCUCCUCUUCACUCCGCCGCUUGCCGACGGCCGAAUGGAUCGAAGAAUUCCGACAAGGCGCGGAUCCGCGACUGAGGCAGGGUUCGUCCAUGAUGAUCGAUACAUUGCACGAGUUUAUCAACUUCUGGAGGCUCGAUGCUGGCACGAAUGCAUACUUUGACACACGGAAGCUUCGAGAAGCGUUGGAGGACAUGGGUGAGCUGAUGCAUACCUAUUUCCGUGCUUGGGCUAAAUUAUAG